AUGCAGUUCGUCGUCAACAAGAUUCAGGAUUCCAUGGGCCCGGUGGACGUCGCCGCCAACCCCGAGUGGAAGCACCGCCCCGGAAACGAGACCAUGCGCGCUCUCGCCUGGUUCGGCAACAAGGAUGUUAGGAUGGUCGACUCGCCCAUCCCCGAUAUCUCGGAGGACAAGGACGUGAUCAUCAAGGUUACCGGUACUACCAUCUGCGGUAGUGACUUGCACCUUUACCACUCGGAGAUGCUUGCACUCCAGAAGGGCGACAUCCUCGGCCACGAGUUCAUGGGUGUCGUCGACCGUAUCGGCCCUUCGGUUACCACUCUCGCUGUAGGCGACAGGGUCGUUGCGUCCUUCCAGAUCGCAUGCGGGACCUGCAAGUUUUGUCAGAAGAAGCUCUCUUCGAUGUGCGACCGGACCAACAACUCUAGCUUGAUGGCUAGUAUGUAUGGACAGCGAAUGGCCGGCUUCUUCGGCUACGGGCACCUCUGCGGGGGUCUGUCAGGCGGACAGAGCGAGUACGUCCGCGUCCCGUUCGGCGAGGUCAACCUCUUGAAGUGCCCCAAGGAGUUGUCAGACGAACAAGUUCUUUUCCUCUCGGAUGUUCUCCCGACUUCAUACCACUCGAUCGUCGACACCAAGGUCGAAGACGGCGAUGUGGUCGGUAUUUGGGGGAUGGGCCCUAUUGGUCAAUGCGCCGCUCGCUGGGCCAUCCUCAAGGGCGCCAAGAAGGUGUAUGUGAUCGAUGCGGUCCCCGCUCGUCUCACCCUUGCUCAGGCUGCUGGCGACAAGAUCAUCCCUGUCAACUUCAAGGAGGUGGACGUGAUGAAGCAUAUCCACGAGCUUGAGCCUCAGGGUCUUGACGUCUGCAUCGACUGCACAACCUUCCACGAGCCCAAGACCCUCCUCCACAAGGUCGAAAAGGCGCUCAUGCUCGAGACGGAUGUCUCCGAGACGCCCAACGAGAUGAUCUUCCUUGUCCGCAAGAUGGGCCGGAUCGGUCUCAUCGGUGUCUAUGCUGGCUACACCAACCACUUUGCCAUCGGCUCGCUCAUGGAGAAGGGCGUGCGGUUCAUUGGGAAUGGGCAGGCGCCGGUCCACCUCUACUGGGAGGAGAUCCUUCACGACUACAUUCUUACCGGCAAGUUUGACCCGACGUUCAUGAUCACCCACCGAGUGGAUAUCGAGGACUUCCCCAAGCUCUACGAGAAGUUUGAUCAGCGAUAUGCUGGGGUCAACAAGGUCUUUGUGCAGACCAAGGCCAGCUCCCCGCCCGGCAAGAAUUGCCCGCAGCUCACCAAGGUGGACGACUGGGCGAAUGUCCAGAUCUAA